AUGACAUCCCGGAUUGACCCGACCCAGUACACUGUCGGGUGGAUCGCUCCUAUGUCUUUGGAGCUCACCCCUGCGAUCGCGAUUCUGGAAGACCAUAAAGAAGUGUCGAUACCGGAUGAUAAAGGCAUCUAUCAUGUGGGGAAAAUAGGACCCCAUUUUGUUGUGAUGGCUGUGUCCUCGAUGAUUGGAACCGCUGCCGCCAGUUCGGUCGUGGAGCACAUGUGCCGCUCAUUUCAGAGUAUUAAACAUAUUCUCGUUGUUGGCAUAGCAGGUGGGAUCCCCCACUAUGGUUUAGAUUUGCAGGAGCAAAUCGUCUUGGGCGACGUGGUCGUUGGCGUGCCACUGAAUAAUGAUGGAGGAGUGAAGCAUUAUGAAUUCGGCGCCUGGGUGGAGAAGGGCAAACUGAGUGUUAGUGGACAUUUGCUCCAUCCGUCUUCCACUCUUCUGACUGCAGUCAACAAUCUCCGAAGCCGUCAUAUGCUAAAGGAAGGCACCCGAAUCCCUGAAUUUCUCCGCGACUUACGAGCCAAUAUUGGGGACCAUGAAAUAUUGGAUUUCCAUGACCCUGGGGAGGAGUAUGAUCUUCUUUUUGAUGAUGAUUACUCCCAUACAUAUCGGGCUGUCUCCUGUCAAUUACUGUGCGAUAAAGAACGGUCAAGGCAACGGAAAGAUCGAGGCAGCAAAGCGUCACGAAAAGAGGAUUCACCCCUUAUCCAUUUUGGCACAAUCGGCUCGGCUAAUACCCUGGUGAUCUCAAGUGAAAAACGCAACAGCCUGUACCAAGAUUACGGGAUGAUUUGCUUUGAAAUGGAAUCAGCCGGUGUAUUGAGCCACUACCAGGGUCUCGUGAUCCGAGGAAUCAGCGACUAUGCAGAUUCCCACAAGAACAAGAACUGGCAGAAAUACGCCGCUGCCACGGCGGCUGCGUGCGCCAAAGAGAUCUUGCUCCUCGUUCCUGCAAUCCAUGCUACUCAAAGGAGCAGUAGCACCCGAAACGUCAAUGCUAGCUCCGGACUUCAGAAUAACACCAUUGGCAAUGGCGACCAGUACAACCCCGACACCCUGUACUCUCAGCAUACCCGCCGCUACUUGGACAGGGAAAUUCUGUCUGUCACACCAGCAGGUGAUAAAUAUCGAAUUCCGGUUGAACUCCCGUAUCACAGGAACCGGUAUUUCAAAGGAAGAGAGGAACCACUCCAACAAGUUUCGAGGCUGUUUUGGGCCAAAAAUGCUACAGGACACCGUCUGGAUCGUCAACAAAUAGCGCUCUCAGGUUCUUCAGGAACAGGAAAAUCACAAAUUGCACUAGAGUAUGCGUACAGAUACACCGAGGAAUAUUCCGCAAUCUUUUGGAUCAACACCAAAAAUGAGUCUGAGAUGGACGUUAGCACUCGCAAAGCAGUGGAGUCAAUCAUUCGCUAUCGCUCUAGAAAACCUUCGACCAAGACUUAUCGGCGCAUUGCUCAUUCGCUCGGCCUCGAGGUGCUUAAUAUUACGUGCAAAGACAGCCUACUGAAGGCUGUGGAUGAAUCAUCUUGUGCUCAGUGUCUCAGGAAUUGGUUGGGUCAAGAGUGUAAUGACAGAUGGUUGCUUGUGUUGGACAAUUAUGAUGACCCGGCAAGCUGCGAUCUCGAGAAGCUUUUGCCAACUCAAGAUUUUGGUCAUGUGCUUAUUACAAGCUGCAGUCCAAACUCCUACCCCGGCUGCAGUAGAAUCGAGGUUCCGACAGGCAUCAAACAGCACGACGCGGUGGAUCUGUUAGUCCGAAUACUGGGGAAGGACAUUGGGCCAGAUGAAAAUGAGGAUGCAGUGAAUUUAGUUGAGGCAGUUGGCCGACAUCCAUUCGCCGUCACUCUUAUUGGAGCAUUCUUAUGCAAGGCUCCAAUGCCACUUCAUAUAUAUGCACAAGACCUGGAGAAUCUCGACGAAUCACUGAAGCCACUACAAACUGUCUGGCAAAUGUCACUCCAGAAGCUCACUGCAAGUGCAAAACAUUUAUUUUGGCUAAUUUCAUUAAUGGGCAAUGAAGAUAUCCCAAAGGAAUUUCUGUUGGGAGGAAAGGGCAUUAUAGCCUGGAUGACAUCUGACCGAGCCAUAUACAAGGCUCUUGGAGAACUUACUUCCCUCUCUCUUGUGGGUCAGAAGCAGGAUGACAGUUUGUACGUCCACCAGCUUCUGCAUGAAUGGGCUCGCGAUCACACAGAGAAUGCAAAACUCGAAAAUUCUAGACUAGUGAUAGAUAUCAUCAGGUCUACGUUCGCUUUUGGUGACAGCAGGAGCGCUGACAAGUGUGCCUACGAGCGUCGGAUCUUGCCGCACAUCAACAGAUGCUUGGAACUUUUCAAUUCGCAACCACCUUCUGGUAAUAGUCGCUUGGAUUAUUGGAAUCAGAAGGCCGCAUAUGAUCUCGCCCGAGUGUACACAGAUCUUGGUUACGUGCAGAAGUCUAGUCUCCUCUACGAACGGAGUCUCAUGAGUAUAGGUGACCCUGGUCAUCCCCUAGUUUUGGAGAUGAUGGAUUCUUUCGGGGUGAAUCUGAGAUUGCAAGGUAAAUACGAUGAGGCGCUGAGCUGGUGCCGGCGAGCCCAGGAUGGCAUUGAGUCCCAACAUGGUAAGGAAAGCUUGGAGGCACUUACCGUGGCACACAAUAUCGCUUUUGUGUACAAAGAACAGGGCAGGUACACCGAGGCUAUUGCGCAAUAUAAGGAGGUUUUGAGGCAGCAAGAGCCUUCCUCGGCUCUCGAGACGCAGCAUCAACUCGCCUGUGUCCUUAGAGACUCAGGAGAGUAUCCAGAAGCUCUGGUACGACUAGAGCAGGUGUACAAGGACAGAAAGAAGAGUCUAGGGGAAGAUCACCCGAACACACUUGACACACUUCACGCCAUUGCCACGGUUCUCGAAAAGCAAGGCAAAUAUAAGGAGGCUCUGGAACACCAUGCCUUAGUUUUGAAAGAACAGAAGAAGUCUCUAGGUGUAGGUCAUUAUUCAACACUUGACACCAUGGACAGCAUUGCUAGCAUACAGGAAAGACUGGGGCAAUAUGAUAAUGCUUUGGCAUCAUACCGGGAAGUGCUGAAAGGUCUCGAGGAUAUUUUUGGAGAAGGCCAAGAUCAUCCUUGGAUUGCCAGCGAAUACUCAGGCAUAGCAGACAUUUUACUGCGCCAGGCCAAAUACGAUGAGGCUGAAACAACCUACAAGAAGGCACACUCCUCCUUCAAGAGACUGGAUAUGGGACUACGCGGGGAGUUUCCAACCGCUACCAAUAUAGCGAGAGUGCUGCGCGACAAAGGGCAGUAUCAGGACGCAGUGAAAUGGUGUGAGAUCGCGCGGAAAGGGCUCCAAAAGCUAGGCGAAAACGAUGAACAUAUGCUCGCUGCGAAGGUCUGCACCGCCCAUAUAGCUGAGCUUCGAGGAAUGUACCGCGAAGCACUUGGAAUGAGCCUGCAGUUAUGUGAAGCUUAUGGGAAGAAGUACGGCGAGAAUCAUGCCGAAACUCUCAAAACGAGAUGCAGACUUGGCAGUGUUCUCAAUUGUCAAGGACAAUAUCAGGAAGCUUUGGAGCAUUUUGAGCAGGCAGUAUCAGGGCUCACGGCGGCAAUUGGAGCGGAUCAUCAUCAAACACUGGUGGCCGUUCAGGGUCGCGCCGAUGUCCUCCAGCAACUCGGCGACUAUGAUCAAGUUUUGGAAUUGUGUGAGCACAUCCAGAAAACUCUGGGGGGCGUCCUUGGUGAGAAGCAUCCGCAAACAUUAAUGGCCGUUUACCGGUAUGGCAGUGCCUGUGUCAACAAAGGAGAAAAUACAACAGGGCUGAAGGCUAUCCAGAGGGCGAUGGACGGGUGGAAACCCGUCCUCGGGGAAACCCACCCCCACAUAUUUAUGUGCUUGGAGGAUAUCGGCAACGCGUACAAGGGUCUCGGGGAUUCUGACCGGGCAAUCGACUCUUACAAGAAGGCGAUAGAUGGAUACCAUCUCAGGCUUAGCGACGGCCAUCCGUGGACAUACAGAGCGCAGGUGAGCUUAGCUGGUUUGUUGGCUGCAAGGGGUCGUGGCCAACAUGAGGAAGCGAAGCGUCUUUACUCCACAGCGAUCUUUGGACUGGAGACCACACUCGGAAGCACGCACCCUUGGACCAUUGCAGCAACGGAUGACAAGAAUAAAGUGUUCCCGCAAAGAAAAGUCUCAAAAUGGGUACAGAUAUUCCAGGUUUUCCUUGCCUUAGGGAUCUUUGGCCUGUGGGUUCUUCGGCCUGUGGAUCUAUGGAGCUUUUUGGAGUUGAUGUUGUGA